AUGGCGGUGGCGAGGCUGUGCGGUGCUGGGCGCGCAGGUGGGCUCCCGCUUGCCCUAUCAUCGGUCGGCGCGCUCGUGCGGAGUGGGCGGACUUGGGGCGCCGUGCUCCGGUGGCUCUCGGACGCGCGCAAGGAGGUGGAGGUGGGGCCCGACUACCACCCGGAGUACGGCGAGGAGUACCGCACCGUGUACGCUGUGCUCCGCAUGGGCAUCGAGGCGCUGCCGGACGUGAAGAAGGAGCGGUACAUGCGGCUGGCCGUCUUCGCCGAGGACGAGGCGAUCGGAGAGGAGGUGCUAAUGGUGUUGUGGCAGCUCGAGUCGGUGGACGAAAUCGGCCAGCUGACAGCCCUCACGGAGCUCCACCUCUCCGGCUGCUCGAAGCUCGCGUCGCUGCCAGCUGAGAUCGGCCAGCUGACGGGCCUCAAGAUGCUCGACCUCAACGGCUGCCCGCAGCUCGAGUCGCUGCUGGCAAGUCAGGACAAGGGCGAGGAGAGCCUCUGGGCGCGCACCUGA